AUGGCGACCCUUUUUUUCUUUUCUUUCUUUCUUGUCAACUUCAACCUUCUCAACUUCAGCUUCAGCAACGACAACGACAACGACCACGAGAACAGCAACGUUGUCUCCUCCUUUUCUUCGUUUUUCUUUAGCAAUCACCAGCCCGUUAUUUCUUCUCAAGUGGUUAGCGGAGAAGGCAUUUUGCGUUGGCUCCCUCAGUCUUGUGUCUUUCUAGAAGGUAUUUAA